UGUGCUGUGUGAGGAGACAGCUGUGACAUGUUCAUGACUCACCGGGGCUCCUGAGCGGACUCGACUCAUUGUGAAAACCAGGAUGUGACGUGACUGGGCAGGAAAGACAUGAAUGUGUUAUUCACUUUGCGUGUGUGUGUGUGUGUGUGUGACUGUGUGUGGGGGGGGUGAUGUUUGAGCAAGAGUGGGAGUGGAAUGUGUGUACGAAAAGGAGUGUGCAUUGAGACACGGGUCCGUCGACAGUGUUUGUUCCCAGCUUCCUUAAGUACUAAGCCGUAGGUGAUGAGUAGCCGCGGAGCCGCGGUGUAGCGCCGCGCUGUAACACCCAUGUUGGCAGUAGUGGCCAGUGUCAGGAUGCCAGAACGGGACUCCGCAGGGGCGUGUACAUGCUGGCCCUUCCUCAGCAAAGAAUAUGACCGACAGCUAGCCCCCAUCAAAGGAGGCAUGGCGUCAGCGUACCUGGACCCAAGCCUGAACCACCAGGCCGGUCUGUGUGGUGGGGGGGUGAAGCCACGUCUCAGCCUGGGAAUGGAGCGCUCCCCGGGGACCAUGGACCGCGUGCUCAAGAUCCACCACUACUUCGAGAGCAACAGUGAACCGUCCACCUGGGCCAGCAACAUCCGCCACGGAGACGCCACCGAUGUCAGGAGCAUCAUCCAGAAGAUAGCGGACAUACACAAGGUCAAAUGCGUGUCCUGCCUGGGCCUCCGUCUCAGCCACCUGCCUUCUGGGGACGUCCACUGGCUGCACCCAGACUUGGGGGUGUCGCACGUCAGGGAGAGGUACGAACUGCACCACCCUCAGGACGAGUGGAGGUAUGAGCUGCGUAUACGCUAUUUGCCAAAAGGAUUCUUGAACCAUUUUUCAGAAGACAAACCUACACUGAACUACUUCUACCAUCAGGUGAAGAGUGACUACAUGUUGGAAAUGGCAGAUCAAGUCGACCAAGACAUUGCACUUAAAUUGGGUUGCCUUGAAAUCAGGAGGUUUUUCAGGGAAAUGCGAGGCAACGCCCUGGAUAAGAAGUCAAACUAUGAAUUAUUGGAAAAAGAUGUGGGUUUACGAAGAUUCUUCCCCAAGAGUUUGCUGGAUUCUGUGAAGGCCAAAACAUUAAGGAAACUGAUCCAGCAGACCUUCAAGCAGUUUGCCAAUCUGAACGAUGAGCAGUGCAUCCACAAGUUCUUCGAGAUCCUGUCCCCCGUUUACAGAUUUGACAAGGAAUGUUUUAAAUGUGCCCUUGGGUCUAGCUGGAUUAUCUCCGUGGAGCUCGCCAUUGGACCUGAGGAGGGCAUCAGCUACCUGACGGACAAAGGCUCAACGCCGACCCACCUGGCCAACUUCACCCAGAUCCAGACCAUCCAGUACUCCAGCGCGGAGGACAAGGUCCGCCAAGGAAUGCUGCAGCUCAACGUGGCCGGGGCCCCUGAGCCCCUCACAGUGACCACUGCUUCUCUGAACACGGCAGAGAACAUGGCUGACCUCAUAGAUGGAUACUGUCGCCUGGUCAACAGAUCCCUCCAGUCCUUCAUUGUCCGGGUACAGAAAGAGGGAGAGAGAGCACUACCUUCCAUCCCAAAGUCCACCCCAAAAGUCUCCAACCAUGAGAAACGUCUUGAUGGAGGGGUUCGGGCAAGGGUGGCGUGUGUCUCAGAGACAGACGACUAUGCAGAGAUCGUAGAUGAGGACGAUACAUACACCAUGCCCUCCACCGGAGACUAUGAGAUCCAGAGGGAGAGGAUUGAGCUGGGACGCUGCAUUGGAGAGGGACAGUUUGGAGAUGUUCACCAAGGGGUCUACAUGAACCCGGAAAACCCUGCUCUGACGGUGGCUAUCAAGACAUGUAAAAACUGCACCUCUGAUAGUGUCAGGGAAAAGUUCCUGCAAGAAGCCUUGACCAUGCGACAGUUUGACCACCGUCACAUAGUGAAGCUGAUUGGAGUGAUCACAGAGAACCCUGUGUGGAUCAUUAUGGAGAUGUGUACCCUGGGAGAGCUACGCUCCUUUCUGCAAGUCAGAAAAUACAACCUGGACCUGGCGUCCCUGAUCCUCUACUCUUUCCAGCUAAGCACAGCACUCGCCUACCUGGAGAGCAAACGCUUUGUACAUAGGGAUAUUGCUGCCCGGAACGUUCUGGUGUCAUCAGUGGACUGUGUGAAACUGGGAGACUUUGGCUUGUCUCGAUACAUGGAAGACAGCUCCUACUACAAAGCCUCCAAGGGGAAACUACCCAUCAAAUGGAUGGCACCGGAAUCCAUCAACUUCAGGCGCUUCACCUCAGCCAGUGACGUGUGGAUGUUUGGUGUGUGCAUGUGGGAGAUCCUCAUGUACGGAGUCAAGCCCUUCCAGGGGGUGAAGAACAACGACGUGAUUGGCCGGAUAGAGAACGGCGAGCGGCUGGCCAUGCCUCACAACUGUCCCCCCACUCUGUACAGUCUGAUGACCAAGUGCUGGGCCUAUGACCCCAGCAAGAGGCCCCGCUUCACGGAGCUCAAAGCACAGCUCAGCCUGAUCCUGGAAGAGGAGAAGCUCCAGCAGAAGGAGAGGACACGCAUGGAGAUGAGACGACAGGUCAACGUGUCCUGGGAGUCAGGGGGGACAGACGAGGCACCGCCUAAACCCAGCAGACCAGGGUACCCCAGCCCUCGCUCCAGUGACGGGUUCUACCCCAGCCCACAGCAUUUGGGUCAGCACAACCAUUACGAGGUGACCGGAUACCCAGGUCCUCACGGCCUGCCUUCCAUGCCCAACAGCCUGUACCCUCCCCAGGGCCCCCACGACCCCUGGAACCACCACCGGCAGCCAGACCUCCCCAUGUGGUCCGCCAACAAGGAGGACAGGGGGCCUCCGGACAUGCAGAGUGUGGAGCAGAUGAUGAUGCAACAGCACCAAAUGAAGGAGGACCAGCGCUGGUUGGAGCAGGAGGAACGCUUCCUGAAACCAGAUCCAAGGAAUUCAAGAGGCAGCAUUGAGCAGGAUGACUGCAGCCUUCAAGGCACAACGGGAAACCAGCACAUAUACCAGCCCAUAGGCCAACCAGCAGAACAUGCGGCUCCGCCAAAGAAACCCCCUCGGCCCGGGGCGCCCAGUCAUCUGGGCAGUCAGGCCAGCCUGAACCCUGUGGAAAGUUACAAUGACGGAGUGAAGCCCUGGCGGCUCCAGCCUCAGGAGAUCACCCCGCCCCCCACUGCCAACCUGGACCGCUCCAAUGACAAAGUCUAUGAGAACGUCACGGGACUGGUGAAGGCUGUCAUAGAAAUGUCCAGUAAAAUUCAGCCGGCGCCUCCCGAGGAAUACGUGCCAAUGGUCAAGGAUGUGGGUUUGGCACUGAGGACACUCCUGGCCACAGUGGAUGAAACGAUCACUUUACUUCCGGCUAGCACACACCGAGAGGUGGAGAUGGCCCAGAAGCUGCUGAACUCUGACCUGGCUGAGCUGAUCAACAAGAUGAAGCUGGCUCAGCAGUACGUUAUGACCAGCCUGCAGCAGGACUACAAGAAGCAGAUGCUGACGGCGGCCCACGCCCUGGCCGUGGAUGCCAAAAACCUUCUGGAUGUCAUCGACCAGAGCCGGCUGAGGAUGAUGGGCCAGGCCCGGCCGCCGCCUCACUAGUGACGGAGGGGGCGGGGCGGGGGAUGAGCCUGCUGAACUCAGUGCUGCUGUUGGAUGAAUGACUGACUUAUUACUGGAGAGGUGCUGUCACCUGUCCAUUCAUGUCUGAUCAGUGGUUCUUCUUGGAAUGGGAUGAGGGACAAAGGAUGCACUUUUUGGGGGAUUUGAACAGGGCGCUGCUCCUACAGUAAUAGCAGGAUGUACAGAACUCGAUGCAUCAACAAGGCGGAACUACGCCACCUCAGACCCUCAUAGCCCAACACAGAACUUUGUGUGUAAAGACUUGGAACCUUUUAAACAGGUCUAAUUUGUCUAUAUUUUUUGUUGCAAAGAUUUUGUGUGCUGACUGACUGUGAAUUUCUACAGUCCCAGAGACAAAAGAAUCUGGAGACACAUUUCAGAAAUGUUCCUCCCCAGUGGACAUAUGGGAGAUAAGACAGAUGAGGAAACUGAACUGGGUUCUCCAUAGAAGGGAGAACACUGAACUCCUAACACUACAUCUAACAUGAUUCAUUGUUAACACUCCGUGUCAACAACUCAAGAGAAAUUAAUGGAGGAUCACAACCACCAGUAUAUAUUUUCUCUAGGCUCAAUCUGCGUUGUUAAAUAUGAUAAAACAAAGGAUGAAAUAAAACGACAGCAAAGAAGAAAAAGCACUGACAAUUCUUCCAUUUGUUCAUACAUGACUGUAAAAGUAUGUUAUUGGGAAGUUUGCAUGUUAUUUAUUUUCAAGAAUGAUUUAGCUGAAUCCUCUAUUUUAUUUGCAUUCAUAUUAGAACAUUAUCAACACUCACAGCGUAUCUGCUGAAGUGCCCAUUUAACAUCAAAAGUCAUAAGGUCUAGUCUAUGGGAAUGAAUAACAUAAGUGGAGCAUCUUAGUAAUUUUACUCAUACUUAUUGGCUAUUCAAAUACAAUGACAUUCAGGCGCUAAAGUAUUUGGACUGCAAAGCUGUAAAUGUGGCUCAGUUCUCCGGGACUUUGGAUUUUAAGUGUAGUCCGUGAGGAUAUUUUAUGUAAUUUGGAAAUUAUAGCACAUUGUACAUAGUGUCUCCACUUUAGGGAACCAAAAGUAUUUGGACAAAUUUACUGUAUUCGUCUUAAGUAGCCACAUGUUGGAUCUGGUCCAAUAUUCCUAGCAUACAAUGACAGUGUUUCGCUUGCGACUAUAAAGAGGUUGGAUGCAUUUGCAGUAUGUUAUGACUGUCUGUCAUAUUAUUCUGUGUUUUAAUGGUUAAAUCAUUUGUUUCGUUUUUACUUAUAAUUUCUAUGGUUAACUAAAAUAUAAAAUAGCUUUGUAAAUACUUUCACAUUAAUGUUGACGCUUCAAUAACAGUUUAUCCUGAAUUAAUUGUGAAUAAUGAUCAAUGACACAGCAAGGCAUUUGUGCAAAAGGACACUAUAAUACAUUUCACACUCUUGAUCUACCCACCGAAUGCUAGGAAUAUGGGACCCAAUACUGAACCAGUUUACACAGACAGACUUGUAGGUACAUUUGUGCCAAUACUUUCGGUUCCAUAAACGGAACAAAAAGUGCUAUAACUUAUAUAUUUUGCACUCAAAAUGGAUGAUAGUACCCAUGAGUCUCCUUAUUCUCAAAGUCAUGCUUGGGGGUGCUUGGGUACAGAGCAAAAAAAACAUUUAAUGUGCCACUGUCUAAAUACUUUGGCAUCACUGUAAUUAUUCUGUACCUAAGCUAAAAUGUUGCCUAGGUUACUGAAAGUUGCCAGGCCAAGUAAACAGUGACCAUUUAGGGCUACCAUUAAUGUUUGUUGAUCAGGGAAAGGGCACAAAGCGGUAGAAGCAGGAGAGCUGUAUGAAUGUGGACGGCUGUGGUCCCAGUUUUGGGGUCACCACGUUGCCGUCUCCAAAGGCAUCUCGGCCUGCACUAGCUGCCGCUCCGUUACAGGUGGCUGAACCAGCACACUGGUUCACCAUGACCUUCUUACUUUCUAUGGGGAAAACGAAAAUAUCUGUCAUAAACCAUUUUAUAUUUUUUUAUUUGACUCAGCCACUUUUUAAUGGAACCAAUGACAAUAGGCGUAAUACAAAAAACAGGAAACAUAUUUCUCUCAUGUUAAGUCACUCGAUCAACUCUAGCAGUCAAACCAAGGAGGGGUGCUUGGGGUGUGUCCUCCCCCUUGUUGUAAUGGGUCUGGCCUUGCAGCACCAACAGUGUCUUUGGAGCUAAAAAUGUUUAAGUGGUUUUGAGGUUUAUUAUCGUAGUUUGUAUUUGAGGUUUUACAAAAUGCCAUACUCCUGUUUUGGCUUUAGGCUUCUCUUCAGUCUUUGCUGCCUUUUCCUGUGGGGUUUGUAACAUUCUAAACGGCAACCUCUGGCUAACAGGCGACAAGUAUUCUUUCAAAUCUGCAGGCUCGAAGUUGGAACACAUUUUCCAACUUUAAUCCAGCAGUCCUUUUGCAAUUUCUGAUAAUGCUUUUGAGAUAUUGCAAAUUAUUAGGUUUGUCUACAGUUUUAUUUGUGUAUGCCAUUGGUUUCACAUGUACACGUUUUUAUAGGAAGUAAUUUCUAGAUUACAGUUUUUGCUUCUGAGUGACAUUCAUUCUGCAUUUGUUGUCUUUGGAGAAAUCAAGGAAUUUAAGGAAAGAUAAAACAGCCCAUGCUGUGAUAAUCUUUACUUGCAUUUUAUGGUACAGUGGGGAGAACAAGUAUUUGAUACACUGCCAUUUUU